UAUCCGCCAUCUACCAUGGCUUCUAGCCGUUGUCCACCCCGCUCUCCGCUCUCUAUAUAUGGGGCGCACCGCGGCCAUGCUACUCCAAAAUUGAAGCUAGAUUUCUUCGAGAGAGAAACAGAGGAAAGGAGAUCGAUACGAAUAGCUGCGACUGUUGUUGAGGAAGCAGGCAACUACGAAAUGACGAUCGUCGAGAUGUGCGUGCAUAUGGAUUGCUCUGGUUGCGAGAGCAAGAUAAGGAAAGCUCUUCAGAAGCUCGAAGGGGUGGAUAAUGUGGACGUAGACAUGGGGAGGCAGAAGGUUACAGUCACCGGGUGGGUGGAUCAGAAGAAGGUGCUCAAGGCUGUGAGGAAAACGGGGAGGCGGGCGGUGCUAUGGCCAUACCCGUACGGCGCGGAGAACCACACCUUCACCGUACAACAGUACUACAACCAGCACCACCCGGCUUUGGCUACCGCUCCGGUGAGCGCCACCGCCGCCCCUUCCUCCUCCUACAACUACUACAAGCAUGGCUACGACGACUCCCGCAUGCAUGGCUACUACCAGCCUUCCGCGCACUCCGCCGUUGUCAGCGGGAGGGCAGGCGAUAUCUUCAGCGUUGAGAACCCGAAUAAUUGUUCUAUAAUGUGAUUGCUUGUCUUUUUUUCUUUUUUUUUUUUCCCUCAAUUCUAUUUAUCUCGUUUCUUCUUUUAAGACAAGAAACGAUUCCGAUUUCCAAGUGCGAGUUAUGCUUUGUUCGGUGUAAGUUGGGUUAAUUUCUUUUCUGUAAUUUAUGAUCGACAUUAAUUAGAGACUAUUUGGCAC